CACCCGCAAGUAACUCUUAUCUCCCAAGGAAUCUCCAUAACCCUCGAGAAUUUAAUCUCUCCGUGCAAAUCUCUCUGUAUCAAAGCUCGAAAAGCAUAGAAUAUCAGAACAACAAAUCUCAUGGCAAUGGCUGGGCGUCUCAGAUCGGGUCUACCUCUACUCAAUAGGGUUCUGAGAUCUGAUUCCCUCUCUGCUUCCCGAUCAGCUGUUCAACGCUCCGUUCUUUGCCCUGCUUUCACAUCUGAGGCUUCAAAAAAUUUUGCUACUUCGUCAGGACAAAAGGAGGAGAAGGUUAAGGUGCCACUUGCUUUGUUUGGGGGAUCUGGAAACUAUGCCUCUGCUUUGUACCUUGCUGCCAAAAAAGCUAAUGUACUGGACAAGAUUGAGUCUGAUAUUCUUGACCUUGUGGAGGCUUCAAAGAGAAGCCCUACAUUUUCUCAGUUUACAAAGGACUUGUCAGUGCCUUCCGAAACAAGAGUCAAGGCGAUUAAUGAAAUUUCUGCCCAAGCUAAAUUUUCAGAUGUUACAAAGAACUUUUUAGUUGUGUUGGCUGAGAAUGGAAGGUUAAGAAACAUUGAUAGCAUUGCAAAGAGAUUCUCGGAGUUGACCAUGGCAGAUAAGGGAGAAGUGAAAGCUAUAGUCACAAGUGUCAUUCCCUUGCCUCCAGAGGAGGAGAAAGAAUUGAAGGAGACGCUGCAGGAAAUAAUUGGAAAAGGAAAGAAAGUUAAGCUCGAACAGAAGAUUGAUCCUAGUAUUCUUGGGGGCCUUGUGGUAGAGUUUGGGCAGAAGGUGUUUGAUAUGUCCAUUAAGACGAGGGCGAAGCAGAUGGAGAGGUUCUUGCGUGAGCCUAUCAACUUUGGCAUCGUGUAAAAGGUGUUGCACCCCUUGAGGAUACCUAUUUAUCAACUUUCCAUCAAUGCUCUAGGAAGAAAAAAAAAUACUCUGAACUUUUUGCUUGGUUUUGUUCUCUUGUACCCUCCAUUUUCAUGUGAUGGGAAAGCAUAUGUUUGCAAAUAAAAAUUUGUUCAGGGCAAUCACAAACAGACCUCUACGUUCUUGAUUUUCAUUUUAUUGGUACUUCAUUUUUUUGAGUUC